AUGAAAGCGCAUCCGAGUUACAAAAAAUUCAGAGAUGAAACGUUUGAAGAAUUUGAUGAUCUCAAGAUGAUAUUUGGGGACAACAUAGCAACCGAUGGGAAUGCUAUUGGAUUAGGUGAUGGUACGGAUGCUCGAACAUGUGAAAUUGCUGGAAAAAAGCAAACAAGUUCUAUUGAAGAUUUUCUAUGGAUGUCGAGGAAGGUCAUGAAACACCUUUGCCUUUUGUAGACAGUAAUUUAAGGGGCCCUUCAGAAAAUCUUCCUGUGA